AUGUCCUCUCAGCCCUCGCCAAACGAUUUUCCUGCAUCUCUCAGUCCAAUCAUUCACCUCCCACCAAACAACAAGCCUACCAACGCCAUACUCUUCCUUCCUGGCCUAGGCGAUAUGGCCGCCAACUUCUCCUCAUUCGCGCGCGCCUUGAACCUUCCUGACGCAAUGACAAUAACCUUGAACCCACCGGUUCCCCUGCCAUUCCCCCUCGGCCCUGGAUAUCAGUGGUCUGAGGAUCUCCAAGUCGACUCGACCACAGGAGACCUAGAUCUAGACUCAUCGUUGACCCGGGCCGUCGAACUCGUUGCCCAGGACGUAAUCGCAAAGGUCUUAAUUGACAAACUCAAGUAUCGCCCUGAGCAGAUUCACCUCUUCGGCUUCGGACAGGGUGGUUCAGUCGCCCUUUCAGUUCCUCUACACAGCUCGCUUUCCGCCCAGUCUUCGCUGGGCGGCAUCAUUUCUAUUGGCGGCGGUCUACCUCUAUCUACAUCCCUCGCCAACACGAGCUCCAAGAAUAGAACUCCCGUUCUCCUUCUUUCUGGCUCUAAAUCUCCACUGGCCUCCGCCGAGUCUAGCCCGUUGAAACGGGUUAAAUCGACCUUCGAGUUCGUCACAUAUCAUCAGUGGAAUAAAGCCGAGGACUCGAUGCCCCAGAACCGCAACGAAAUGCUGCCCAUGAUGCAGUUCUGGGGCCGAAGGCUGCGAAGUAGGCGCGGUGUCCCUGACGACGCGGUUGAGAUCAGUUGA